GGGUGCCGCGAAGCGGAACUACGCAACGAGGGGUUCCGGUGACCGCGUAGGUUCCGGGGACUACGGCGGCAAAAUGGAGGAGGUGCCCCACGACUGUCCCGGGACCGGCAGCGACCAGGCGGGACAAGGGGCCGCAUGUCAGGGGUGUCCCAACCAGCGGUUAUGCGCUUCUGGAGUCGGCGCGGCUCCGGACCCAGCUGUAGAGGAAAUCAAAGAGAAAAUGAAGACCGUAAAACACAAAAUCUUGGUGUUGUCUGGAAAAGGCGGUGUUGGGAAAAGCACCUUCAGCGCCCACCUGGCUCAUGCCCUGGCGGAGGAUGAAAACACACAGGUUGCUCUUCUAGACAUUGAUAUAUGCGGGCCGUCAAUUCCAAAGAUAAUGGGAUUGGAAGGAGAACAGGUUCACCAGAGCGGCUCAGGCUGGUCUCCCGUGUUCCUAGAAGACAACCUGGGGGUGAUGUCGGUGGGUUUCUUGCUCAGCAGCCCCGAUGACGCCGUUAUCUGGAGGGGACCAAAGAAAAACGGCAUGAUCAAGCAGUUCCUCCGCGACGUGGACUGGGGAGAGGUUGACUACCUCAUUGUGGACACCCCGCCCGGGACGUCAGACGAGCACCUGUCGGCCGUGCAGUACCUGGCGGCGGCACACAUCGACGGGGCGGUGGUCAUCACCACCCCUCAGGAGGUGUCCCUCCAGGAUGUCCGGAAAGAAAUCAACUUCUGUCACAAGGUGAAGGUGCCCGUCAUCGGGGUGGUGGAGAACAUGAGCGGCUUCAUCUGCCCCAAGUGUAAGAAAGAAUCUCAGAUAUUCCCGCCAACGACCGGGGGUGCAGAGGUCAUGUGCCAGGAUCUGAAGAUCCCUCUACUCGGCAAAGUGCCUCUGGACCCACACAUAGGGAAGAGUUGUGAUGAAGGCCGGUCCUUUCUGAUUGACGCGCCAGACUCGCCAGCCACAUUAGCCUACAGAAGUAUAAUUCAAAGAAUCCAAGAGUUUUGUCGUCUCCAUCAGCCAAAAGAAGAGAACCUCAUUAGUCCCUGAAACAUGGGGGAACAUUAUGGACGCAAGCAGCAUGUCCAGUCAACCUGAUCAGCUCGGGGACAGAGUGGGGGUCACAGGCAGAGAGGGACCAGACUGGUGUGGUGUGAACUCACUUUUUCAGAGACACUUUACUUUAAUCGUCUUAAUAUUUGUACACUUUUCUUUAGAACAUAUGUAAAGGGCAUUCUUUACAAAUGUGCUGUUCUAAAAAUAAAAACAUCUCCUCAAACCUC